CUUAACUGAAGUCUGUGGAUUCCCAGUGUAAAAGCAGGCCUAUGUGGAUUUUGUGAAACUAAGAAAUAAUAUUUGAAUUCAGUCGAUUUCUGGAGUUCCCCGGAAGCACAACAAAAAUAAAAAAUUUCUCCUUUGAAUUGAGACUGAAUUUCAUUGUUGAAUGUUUCGAUUCUACGAACUCUACUCGCUGUAUCUGAAGAAAAUGUCCAAUUACGGAUCAUCGUCGACCACUUGGUGUCUCUGCGAGAAGCUGCCACGAUCGAUUCUCCACAUUGCACCGACUCCGAGUCGGGAGCAUUGGUGCGAGGUCUGCGGCCGGCGACGUCGUCCACGUGCCUGCUUCAGUUCUUCCAGCGAUGAGGAGGAGCGGGCUGCAGAGCGACGACAAGUGAUGCUGGCAGAGCAACGACGUCAGGCGGAGGAGAAGGAGCGUCAGGGCUUGGUGCGCGUCAAGGUGGCCAUGGCAACCAAGAAGCCAAGGCCAAAGUCACAGCCACAUCACAAGAGCAACUGCUUCAAGUGUGGCGGACAGCAGAAGCCACCAAUGAACUUGAUGCAAUCGCAGCAGCAGAUUAAGCUCAGGUGCAACAAUAGAUUACACAUGGGUCGCUUUGGACAUUGUCGCAAACCGCAACGUGUGCAGUGCAAGCGUCGGGAUGGAGACUUCGAAGUGGAGUCCCAGGAGCAGCUGGAUAUUGAACCACAUCCAACUGCACCACCGCCGCCACCAUCUCCACCAAAAUCCCCGCCGCCGCCGACGACGCCAGGUUGCGGUGAAUCUCUCUGGGAGCAGCGCCAUAAGGAUAUGCCCAAUCUGGUGGCCUUUGCCCACGAAGUAUUCAAUCGUCCGCUGCAUCUGCGCAAGCGUCAGCCCAAUUCCUAUGACAAUCUCUUUGUCAGUGACUUUAUACCGCUGGAAAAGCCCAUCACAGAUGCUGCCGGCGGCGCCAUCUCGAAGCGUCGCCGUUUAUUUGGUCGCCCACUGCGUCCCCACUACAGUCGCCCCCUGCCGCCGCUGUCCCAAGUGCUCUCCCAAAUUCUGGCCAAGCAAAAGGUGCGCGCCAAGGGCGGCGGUUUGCCAGCCAAGGAGGAGCUUAACAAAACCGCCAGUCAAUUCCCGCCCUUUGACUGCUACGAGGGACCCUCGGAGGAUGCACUCGUUGUGGAGAGUGCCCGACAUAUGCUGCGACAGCCGAAGGCUCUGCACAUUAUGCAGCGUCGCGAUUUGCCAACCACUCGGCUUCCCAGCUUUGAGUCGGAACCAAGCAGCGACUGCUCCUCUUCGUCGCCAUUUGAUAUGCCCACGGCGCCGCCCGCAGAGCGUCCACGCCAGAGCUACACUGUGGGAGCCCCAUUGCGUUUGCACGAGAUGAUGAAGGCGGUGGCUCAGUCGGGUCUCUCCGACAGCAGCGCCUCCAGCAGCAGCACGGGCAGCAGCAGCCACAAGAGCGCCAGCUCCACGUUGCCCGUGCUGCAGCAAUCGGUGCGCAGUCGUGGAGGUGAGGAGCCACCGUAUGAAGAGAAGCCAGCCGAGCCAGCUGUGGAACCACUGACCAUAAUGGAAAAAAUCCUCUGGUUAAUGGAGCAAAAGCCAACAGUUGAUGUCGAUCCCACCGAGCACAAACUGGAAUCGAAUCAAAUUAAGGACAAUCACACGGAAUCCGUUAAAGCUCUCUUGCAAUUCAUGGAAAGACUUCACAUUGAUGGCGGCGAUAAGGAUGAUACCCACUCAGGUUUACUCAAAAACGACAUCGAAGAUGAGUUAAAGACAAGUGUAGACACUCCUCUGACAGAGUUACAACUUUCCAAUGACAUGUCAAACGAAAUGCCUUUAAAUUCUUCAAAUAAAUCAGAAGGCGAUGCCAAGUAUGUCAAUGGUUUCUCCAACGGUGGAACACUAUCAGAGAUGACAGACAGCGGGGGUAUCACAAAUUCUAAACGAAAUUCCAGUACAUCGAUGUGGUCCAUUAUCAGUGGAUUUUUCACAUCCAAACGCUCCAAAGACAGUUCUUUAACUAAUAGUUCACUUGAAGAAAUGAAACCACUGAAAGUUACGAAAAAUCUGCAGUACGGUUCCAUAAAUCAGCACCGUACAAAAGAGGAGCUUUACAGCUGUCGGGAAAAUGUGUGACCCACUGAAGGUUGAGCUGCGAUAUCGGAAUCCCGCUGCUGCCUUUAUGAGUGCCUGUGCCAGCGUGUUCUUUUGGAUAAUCUAUUGGUUAGCUCAAUGUCUUAUUUUUUUAGCUGGUCUAGCUAUCGUUUUUGGUAUGUUGUUUCCUCGUCAUACAUGGUACUUGCUGAAUCAUUUGCUGGAUCAAUAUCAUGUCGAGCGUCAGUUUAAGGACGAGUUAUAAGUUAUAUAUUUUGUGAAUUGAAUAAAUUAUAUUUUUUUUUAAAUAGAAA